GAAAAGAAAAAAACGUCUUCCUUAUUCGGCGCGUACGACGCUGGAACGAGGGGGGAACCUGGUCAGGAAUCGGCGGCAUAGCCAAACACAAAACGGCAGAAGCAGAGCAGAGAAGAGAACCGAACAAGAACCAACCUCGGCACGAAGCAGAGAACUAGGACAGCGGCGCUUCUGUCGGGGGUUCGCCUCCGAAUCCGUGAAUGGGGAGAUGGAGAGCCGCCUCCCGUCUCCUCGUCCUCGCCCCCGUCGCUAAUUCGUCCCCUAAGCCCCGCUUCUCCUCCUCCGCCGCCUCCGCCGCCGCCGCCGCCGUCUGUUCUCGUCCUCUUCGUCCCCCUCUCCCUCCAGCUCCGUCGCGGCUCGCGGUCUUAGCCGACUCGAUCUUCGCCCGGCCUCUCUCCGCCGUCGCGGCGAGGGCCUACUUCGACGGCGACGAACCGGGCCGCUCCUGCCCGUCGCCCAUCAGGGACGGGGACGAAUCGGAGAACAUUCCCAUCAAGUCCUACUUUCUUUCCACAAGUAUCGAUUUGAAGAGCCUGCAAGCGGAGAACUUGGGCAAUGUUCUCCCUCCCACCUCUCGCUCCUCCAAUUAUAUCGCCCUUAAAUUUUCUGCUCUCCCUUCGGACAUUAGAGGUCUCGGAGCCAAAGAGAGAGCAAGUCACUGCCGCUACAUGGUCGUAUUUCAAUAUGGAUCUGUCAUACUAUUCAACAUUGACGAUCACGACAUUGAAACUUAUUUGAAAAUUGUGAGAAGGCAUGCCAGUGGAUUGCUUCCACAGACAUGUAAAGAUGAUUAUGCUGUGAAAGAACAGCCGCUGUUAGACGAGGAUAUGGAGGGGGGCCCUGAUUAUAUUGUUCUCAAAUCCUUGGAUACCGAUGGUAUCCGAAUUAUUGGAAGUGUUCUUGGUCAAAGUAUUGCUUUGGAUUAUUUUGUUUCACAGAUUGAUGGCAUGGUCGAGGAGUUUGCUUAUAUCAAUCGGAAGAUGGAGACCACAGGAACCUUUACAAUGGAUAGGAAGAAGCUCCUUCAACUUGUUGGGAAGGCUAAUUCAAAUCUAGCCGAUGUAAUUCUCAAAGUUGGUCUUUUUGAGAGAUCAGAAAUUGCUUGGAGGGAAGCAAAAUAUGCUCAGAUAUAUGAGUACCUGAGGGAGGAGUAUGAGGUCACUCAACGUUUUGGUAAUUUGAAUUUCAAGCUAAAGUUUGUGGAGCACAACAUUCAUUUUCUUCAAGAAGUCCUACAGAACAACAGGUCUAAUUUGUUGGAGUGGUGCAUCAUCUUCCUAUUAAGCAUUGAGAAUGUCAUAUCGCUCUAUGAGAUUCUUAAAGACUCAAUUCAAGUCCCUAUAUGAUCGGACAAGCAGUUGGGAGAAACUGGACGAAUGUUGUUGUCAAACAUCAAUGAUUAAAAUAUACUGCACAAUCAACCAUUCUUUAUUCAUUAGAUAGCAGUCCAGCAACAGAGAGAAAUGUAGAGACUGCCAUUUUCUUCCAUUUUCUAGGUCAUGGCCUAGUCUGUCUUUGCAAAUAAGGAAGAUGAUGUAAUUUUGAUGUCUUAAUUCUUACUUCUCAGCCGUUACCUACUUUGUUAUGCCUUGGCAAGUCUGUUAAUGCAAUUGCUCGCUGUCAAUUGCCAUUGA